CUCUCUCUCUCUCUCUCUCUCUGCCUCUAUAUAUCACCUCUCUAGCUAGUAGAUCGAGUUGAAUUGCAGAGAUAAUGGAUGAUUAUCCAGACCUCCGGCAACUGAUGGCCUCAAGAACACAGCAGUUCGUACAAUUCCCAGACCAGUUUUCAGUACGACCUUACAAUAAUUAUCACCCCAGUAGUAGUAUCGCUGUAGGUCAGGAGGUUAAUGCUCAUGGAUUGUUUGAGUUUGGUUCUGCUGCUUCUGCUCCUCCUAGUUUUAGCACAAUUAUUAGCAAUAGUAGUGUUGCCGCUAAUCUGAAUGGUUCCACUGCUGGUUCAUCGGUUGGUUCGUUAUAUGGUUUAGAGUUAAUGAAUCAGCAUGGGUGGAAUAUUAAUGGGAAUGAUAGAUCAGGUAAUAACAGCAGAUGGCCAAGACAAGAAACUCUCACUCUUCUUGAGAUUAGAUCCAGUCUCGAUUCCAGGUUCAAGGAGACUAAUCAGAAAGGCCCACUGUGGGAUGAAGUUUCUAGGAUAAUGAGUGUGGAACAUGGAUAUCAGAGGAGCGGGAAGAAAUGCAAAGAGAAGUUUGAGAAUUUAUACAAGUACUACAAGAAAACCAAAGAAGGGAAAGCUGGGAGGCAAGAUGGGAAGCACUAUAGGUUCUUUCGUCAGCUUGAAGCAAUCUAUGGUGACCAAAGUAUUACCAAUCCGUUGUGCUCAGCUUCAGAUCAACCCCAUUUAACUGGUACAUUGAACCCUACUCUUCCAUAUAGUCAUAUCAGUGCCGCUAUUAAUCAAGACAAUCAAGAAGUUAAGCUUGGUGCUGAGAGCCUUAGUUUCUCAAACAAUUCAACUGACUUAGAUACCUCCACCUCGGAGAACAAUGGAGAUGAUAUUUCCAAUUCAGCUAAUGAUCAUCAAUUAAAAACUGAGAACCAAAGGUGUUCAAGGCGUGUGAAGAAGACCAGCUGGAAAACACAGGUGGAGGAGUUUGUGAAUUCCCAAAUGAUGAAAGUGAUGAAGGUCCAAGAAGGUUGGAUGCAGAAGAUGUUGAAGACUAUUGAAGGAAGAGAAGAGGAGAGGCUGGCUAAAGAAGAAGAGUGGAGGAAGCGAGAGACAGAGCGGUUUAACCAACAAGUACAUGAGUUCUGGGCUAAGGAGAGAGCGUGGGUGGAAACUCGAGAUGCUUCAAUCAUGGAGGCUCUAAGCCAAAUUAGAGGUAUAGGAAAUAACGGUUACAACAGCAAGGCCAAGGAUGAGAACAUGGGACUUCAGCUCAUGGAUGGAGGCCUAUUACCUUCAAGUUCUAAUUACAUGAACUCUAGCUCCUUUUACAUUCCGGCGAACGAAGGAGAAAAUUUGUGGAACAGGUAUGGUGGGAAGCUCAGCAAGUGAUAAAGAACCAAUAAUAAGUUCAGUUCUGAAUCGAGUUCUCUUUAAUUACAUUGUUUCAUUGAGUGUAAUUAUAUAUAUGAAUUUCUAAGCUAGAACGUACGGUUGAAAUUAUGACAGUGUGUUGUUGUUCUGGAAA